UGGAAAUCACAAACAAUCAUCUGUCGCUGACAUUAUUCUUUUUUUGAAAAACAACAAAUUGGAUGAAAUUGUCGAAGAUUUUAAAGCUAAUCAAGUCGACGGCGAGGAUUUUUUUCUAUUUAGAACCACAUGAUAUUUAUCAGAUGAUUCCUCGAAUAAAACUUCACAAGAAGUUUACGUGUAUUUGAAAUGACGUUACUCAAAAGCUGAAAGCAGAGUUAGGACGUAUUUUGGAGAAGAGUGAUGUUGUGCAAGACAUGAAGGAACGAUGGGAAUUUGCACAAAUAUAAAAUGCUGUCUGCUAUUAAAAAGACAAAGCAAAAGAAUGUCAGCAGUAUCCUUGAAGAGCUGGAGGAUUGUCCAGUUGAAGAUGAGAAAGAGGUCAAGAACAGGUGUAUAAUGGCAUGUUUGCCUUAUGUGUUAGAUGACCAAUGCACCCAUCGAGAUAUGAACAAAAAGCUAUUUUGGGACAUUGUUGAUGGUAAAAGCUUGAGGAAAGUUCAAGAGAUCAUUAACAAAAGUUUGUCUCCUGAACUCCUAUCAACAGGAACAUUAAGAAACAUUCAUUCAAUAAUGUUGGUGGCUGAGGGGAUGAUUGUGGCAAAGUUGAAAAUGGAAAAUAUUGUCAAUUCAGUUAUUAUUUUACUUAGUUCUUUUUAUACUUUUAAUGCUGAGUAUCCUAAAGGCAUUAAUGGACAUUGCAAAAAUGUAUUUAUUCUUUUAGAACAUUUGCUUUAAAAUUCAAUUGGCAAUUGUAAGGCUCAAUUGCCAACUUUUGUCGAUCAUUUUAUUUCUUCUAUGAAGUAGAAAACUUGUGUAGUGUUAAUUAAUGGCAUAUAGUAGAGAUUUUAAGUAUUCUGUGUUUGCAAAUAAUGUGCUAGUUCUAAUUGUGUGAUUGAUUUUCUUUAGCUUAGUUAAAAAGAUCCUCUAUAUUGGUCAAAUGGUCAUGGAUAUGCACCUGAAAAAAAUACUUAUUUAAUGGUAAAAACAACCAAAUAAAAUUGGUCAAAUAAAUUGGUAAAUUUAACCAUUUUUGUUUUUGGUAUUUUUGACCAAUUUAGGAAUUGGUUGUUUUGACCUAUAAAAAUUGUUCUUCUUAGGUGCAUUCAAAUGACCAAUUUUUUUUUGGUCAUUUUGACCAAUCUAUUUUUAAAUUGUAGAACAUUGGAUUCCAGGGUUAGAAAAUUACUUGAUCAUAAAACUAAAUGGCAUUUUCAAAUCUUGAAAAAGUUUGACGUAAAAUAAUAUUAAAUAUAUAAUUUUAUUUUGACUAUGUUGAUUAAAUUUACUUCAUUCAGUAGCUAAAUAAUUGCAGGCUACCAACAUGUAUGAA